UGGCUUUGGGCGACCUGAAGGAGAGAACAUCAACAACUCUACACACGCUCACUGUGGAUUUUAAAUCAGCUCCAAAUACUUCAUCAACUCCUGCGUCCAAAGUUUCCACAAAACUGCUCCUUUUUUAUUAUUUGUAUUUUAUUUUUUUUUACAUUUUUAAUUUUCAAGGACAAAUAGUUCAUUAUUUCUUACUUUUAGAUUAACUUUAAACCACUUUGCAGCCAUGACCUCCAGCAGUGAGCCUUUGGAAAUAACUGGAAACGAGUUGGUCCACAUCCUCAGGACCCCCCGGGACCAGUACACCUCCGCCGGCUGCGUGCUGCUGGACUGCAGACCUUUUCUCGACUUCUCUCUGGCGCACAUUUGCGAGUCCAGGAACGUCAACUGGAACUCAAUGCUGCGCCGCAGAUCCAAGAGCUCGGUGGUGGCCCUGGAGUGGCUCAUCCCGGACAAGGCGCUCCUGGGCCGGCUGCGCAGCGGGGACUUCUCCCCGGUGGUGGUGGUGGACGACCGGAGCGGCUCCGUGGCCGAGCUGAAGGCGGAGAGCGUGGCGCAGAUGCUGCUCACCGCGCUGCAGAACGAAGUCGAGACGCAGAUCUGCUUUUUGCAAGGUGGAUUUGAGGGAUUUUCAGAGGCCUAUCCAGAGCUCUGUUACCAUUCUGCCAGCAGUCUCGUCUCUGCAGUGGAACCAGAGCCAACAGUGACAGGCAGGAGAACACCAGCAUAUGAUCAGGGCGGUCCAGUGGAGCUGCUGCCCUUCCUGUUUUUGGGGAGUGCCGUCCACUCCUCCCGCAGAGAGACUCUGGCAGCAGCAGGCAUCACGGCUGUGCUCAACGUGUCCUCCACCUGCCCCAACUUCUACGAGGGCGAGUUUCAGUACCUGCGACUCACUGUGGAGGAUACGCUGGCUGCUGACAUCAAAGCCUGCUUUUCUACAGCCAUCGCCUUCAUCGACUCGGUGAAGCAGAGCGGUGGUCGGGUGCUGGUGCACUGUCAGGCAGGUAUCUCCCGCUCAGCCACCAUCUGUCUGGCCUAUCUCAUGCACACGCAGCGAGUCCGGCUGGACGAGGCCUUCGACUUUGUGAAGCAGCGGCGACACGUCAUCUCCCCCAACCUGGCCUUCAUGGGACAGCUGCUGCAGUUCGAGACUGAUGUUCUCUGUCAGGGAUGAAGACGACCUCAACGCAUUAAGGACAUUUCCAUGACUGUUGAAUCUCCUGCCUCGUGCUGGACUCAGAGCAUUAUCAGGACUCAGAUCAUACGUACAGUGUACCCUCUGUGUACAUUCAGAAAAAAAAAGCUGUGUCGCUGGCUUUCACACGCCUGGAUUCCUGCUUCCAGGAGAAACUGACAAAUGGGUUUACUGAUACAACAAGCGGCAGUUGGCAACGUGAACCGUGCUGUAAUAACCACAUUUUGAACCACUGUGAUUCUGUGCCAGCAAGUCGGAGCAGCGAUGAGGUAAUUUCCCUGACGUUUCAUACGCGAGGGGAGUUGUGCCUGCUUGUCUGGUUUAUGUGUGUGUGUGUGUGUGUUUUUGUUUGACUUAUGUGCCUGAUCGUUCGUAAGGGCUGUCUUAUUUGCAUAUUGUCUUUCCUUCACAGCAACAACCACUGUGACGCGUCUAUUUCAGAGAAAACACUGUGUGAACUACUUACAGCAAUAGUAGUCGAAUCUCAAACCUUUGGCAUCUAAUUUAUUCUUUCAAAUGCACUAACUGGCACAGUUGGUGUGUAGCUGUUCAGAUGAGGACACUCAAACUGGAGGAAGUUGUUUUUUUAUCAUGUAAAUAGAAUUUUUAUUUAUUAUUUCAACAUUUGUUACGAUUGCCAUUGUUCAUUUCUGUCACUGCACUUUAUACCUGCGAGGUCACAUCUUGUUCCUGCUGUUUUUCCACUGAAAUAAAAACAUGCUGGAGGACA